AUGAAGGAAUGGUGGAUUCAGGUGGGCCUUCUAACUGUUCCCCUUCUUGCUGUGUAUCUGAACAUUCCUCCUCCUAACCUCUCCCCAGCACUGUUCGCAUGGAGAUCAACUGGAGCAUUCUUCACCUUCAAUGAACAGCAGAUUUUCUAUAGAGAAUCAUGGGGAGCAGUGGGAAGUUCAGAUGUGGUCAUUCUCUUACAUGGAUUUCCAACCUCAAGUUAUGACUGGUACAAGAUCUGGGAAGGGUUAACUCAAAGGUUUCACAGAAUCAUUGCACUGGAUUUCAUAGGCUUUGGUUUCAGUGACAAACCGAGGUUCCACCGCUAUUCAAUUUUUGAGCAGGCCAGUAUUGUAGAAGCACUUGUCAGCCAUCUGGACCUAAUUGAUCAAAAAAUAAACAUAUUGUCUCAUGAUUAUGGAGAUACUGUAGCCCAGGAACUACUGUAUAGGUAUGAUAGCAGAAAAAAAGGACACAUUAACAUUGGCAGCCUUUGUCUUUCCAAUGGAGGUAUUUUUCCAGAGACUCACCACCCCAGACUAAUACAAAAGCUGCUGAAGGAUGGUGGGAUUUUUUUCGCCAAUACUUACUAGGCUGAUGAACUUCCUUUUCUUCAGCAAAGGUAUUGGUGAGGUGUUUGGACCAUACACACAACCUUCAGAAGCUGAAUACUGGGACAUGUGGACAGCACUGAGGAUCAAUGAAGGCAAUCUGGUUGUAGACAGUAUUUUGCAGUAUAUAAACCAGCGUAGAAAGCACAGGGACCGCUGGGUAGAAGCCCUGACCAACACAUCAGUCCCUUUGCACAUUAUAUAUGGACCCCUGGACCCAGUUAAUCCCCAUCCUGAGUUCAUGGAGCAGUACAAGAAACUUAUACCGAAGUCAACCUUCACUAUCCUGGAUGACCAUAUUAGUCACUACCCCCAGCUGGAAGAUCCUACUGGAUUCCUAAAUGCCUAUCUAAGUUUUAUCAAUUCAUUCUGA